UUAGCUGGAAGCUGGCUGGAAGGACAGCUGGAAGCAAAGCUGGAAGUAUUCAGUAUUUAGCUUUAGCUUAGUUAGCUUUAGCUCAUUUAGCUGUCUGUGGCUAGAUCAAGAUUCAAGAUUUUCAGGAAUAGUCAAAUCAUUACUCAAGCAUCAAGAAUACCAUCGACAACAUUAUCAACACUAUCAACAGGUUAAAAUAAGAAAAAAAAAGCAGUUGAUAAAAAUUUCAAGUUUUUGAGAAUAAUAUCAACCAAGAUAUCAACAUUCAAUCUUCUCAACAAACAUGGAUAAUUUCGUUGAUCCUGAGGAAAAAGUUAUGUGCCCCUACAAUCCAGCCCAUCAUAUAAUGAGAAAAAGAUUGAAUACACAUCUUGUGAAAUGUAAAAAGAACUAUCCAGAUACUAAAUUGGUGGAAUGUGACUUCAAUGUGAUACACAAGAUUCCAGAACCAGAGUUACAGUAUCAUCAUGAAAACUGUCCAGAUAGACAUAAAAUAGAGAUUAGUAUUUACCAAGAAGCUGGUGUUGAGAUUAAUAAAUUUCCCAUCCAUAAUAUCCAUGUUCCAACAGAUGAGUGCUGGGAUGAUUUGAAUGUUCCCACUUAUGACCCAAAAAAAUACUGUGAAUCCAAAGAGAUUCUCCGGCACCUUGAUGUUGCCUCGGCCGGGCAACGCAGGCAAUUCAGAAUGGAAGAAAGGAGAAGAAUUGGGCAGCUGAGUAACAUCAGUUCCAUGAAAUCAGAUCGGCCCAUGAGUAGGGCCAGCACAAACAGCACACCUGGUCCAUCAAAUAGAAAAGACCUACCUGAAACUCGGGGUCAUUCGAUGGCUGAAGAGGCCCCUGGAGAAGUUGAAAAUCUCUUGAGGAGGAUUAAAAGUGAGGCCAAUCAAUCAUUCAGGCUUGUGAAGAAGUGAAAAUUAAUCCAAUUUCUUUGAUUGAAUUGAUAUCAACCAGCAUAUUUGACUAGAUUAUAUAAGUUUCAAAAUAUCAAGGAGUUCAUUUUAUGUUCACUUUUUCAGUAGAGGUUGUUAAGAAUGUGUGUGGUCGCAUUUUAUAUUUCAUUUUACCAAUAUUUUCUAGAGUAA